AUGGACGCGCUAAGGAAGCAGCUUGAUGUUCUAAUGGGAGCGAAUCGGAACGGCGACGCUCAGGAGGUUACCCGCAAGUACUACGAUCGUGUUGUUUGCCGCCUCUUUCUCGCCGGCCUUUGCCCUCACGACCUUUUCCAACUCACGAAAAUGGAUAAAGGACCAUGCUCGAAGUUGCACUCACUGCAGUUGAGGAGAGAAUAUGAGGAAGCAAAAGCAAAAGGUCUUGAUAAUUAUGACAGGGACUUAGAGGAUAACAUAGACAGAUUAAUUGUGGAGUGUGAUCGUAAAAUUUCCAGAGCAUUGAAGAGGCUUGAUGAAGAGGAUGCUAAAGCAGCUAUUGCAAUAUCUGUAUCAGAAGUUACAUCGACGCCAGAGAUUAUUGAGUUGUCAAAGAAAAUCAAAGAAAAAUUGAAAGAAGCCGAUCAAUCUGAUCUCGAAGGCAAGACAGACAUGAAGAUUCGAGCUAUGGAAGAGGUUGAAGAGCUGAGAACCAAAAGAGCCGACAUGCAGUCGAUGCUCCUUUUGGAUGCUUUCAACAAGGAUCGAGCAUUGCUUCCGCAGCCCCCUACGAAUGCUCCACAGUUGCCCCCCAUGCCAGCUGUUGUUCAGGAUCCUCAUGUACAAGAAAUGAUUAACGAGAAGCUAAAGAGAGCUGAAGAACUCGGUGAACAAGGAUCGGUUGAUGAAGCACAAAAACUACUGGAAGAGGCCGAAGCACUCAAGAAGUUGCCGGCUCGACAGGAACCGGUGCUGGAUUCAUCAAAAUACACAGCUGCUGAUGUGCGGAUUACUGACCAGAAGCUUCGGGUCUGUGACAUUUGUGGCGCAUUUUUGAGUGUCUAUGACAGUGACCGCCGAUUAGCAGAUCAUUUUGGGGGGAAGCUCCACUUAGGCUAUAUGCAGGUUCGUGAAAAGUUAGCCGAGCUUCAGGUAUGCUCAUAG